AUUCUUGUUUGCUUUCAGUGAAGAAACCAGCGGAUACAAAGUGGAGCAGAAACAAAGGAAACGCGCAGUCGGCUUCGUGAACUGGUAUGCUCUUACAGUGUUACAGGGAUGCCCAAGGAAAAAUAUGAUCCGCCAGAUCCAAGGCGGAUGUACACUAUAAUGUCGAGCGAGGAGGCAGCUAGUGGGAAGAAGUCAUACUGGGCCGAACUGGAGAUCAGUGGCAAAGUGAGGAGCCUGAGCACAGCAUUGUGGUCUCUUACCCAUCUGACUGCUUUGCACAUCAGCGACAACUCUCUCUCGCGUAUCCCUCCGGACAUUGCCAAACUACACAACCUGGUGUACUUGGACCUCUCAUCCAAUAAGAUCAGGAGCUUGCCUGCCGAACUAGGCAACAUGGUAUCUCUCAGGGAACUGCUUUUAAAUAACAACCAGUUGCGAGUCCUGCCUUUUGAGCUUGGAAAAUUGUUUCAGUUACAAACCUUGGGUUUAAAAGGAAACCCACUUGCACAAGACAUCAUGAACCUCUACCUGGAACCCGAUGGGACGCGCCGGCUCCUGAACUACCUGCUGGACAAUCUUGCAGGCACCAAACGCGUCUCCACAGAACAGCCCCCUCCUCGCUCAUGGGUACAUCUUAAGGAACCUGACAGGACACGACCAGCAGCAUUGUUCUCUGUGAUGUGCUACAACGUACUGUGUGAUAAGUACGCCACACGUCAGCUCUACGGUUACUGCCCUUCCUGGGCUCUCAACUGGGAGUACAGGAAAAAGUCCAUCAUGCAGGAGAUCCUCAGUUGCAGUGCAGAUAUCAUCAGUCUUCAGGAAGUGGAGACGGAGCAGUACUACAACUUUUUCCUGGUGGAACUCAAGGAGCACGGAUACGAGGGUUUUUUCAGCCCCAAGUCUCGUGCCAGGACCAUGUCGGAGUCUGACCGCAAACACGUGGACGGUUGUGCAAUCUUCUACAAGACCGACAAGUUCAGCCUUGUGCAGAAACAUACAGUGGAGUUUAACCAGCUCGCCAUGGCUAACUCGGAGGGCUCAGAGGUCAUGUUGAACAGGGUGAUGACCAAGGACAACAUCGGUGUUGCCGUACUCCUGGAGCUUCGCAAAGAAAUGAUUGAGCAAUCUGCAGGGAAGCACUUGCCUAGUAUGGAGAAGCAGCUACUGUUGAUGGCUAACGCUCACAUGCACUGGGACCCGGAGUACUCGGACGUAAAGCUCGUCCAGACCAUGAUGUUCCUCUCAGAAGUGAAGAACAUUGUGGACAAGGCCACGCGCAGCCUCAAGCUCUCCUCUGUGUCCGGGGAGACUAAUGCCAUCCCUCUUGUCCUGUGUGCUGAUCUCAACUCACUGCCUGACUCGGGUGUGGUGGAGUACCUGAGCACAGGUGGUGUGGACAGCACCCAUAAGGACUUCAAGGAGCUGCGCUAUAUCGACUGCCUGACCAACUUUAACUGUAAUGGCAAGAACGGCACAUCCAGCAGCAGGAUCACGCACGGCUUCAAGCUAAAGAGUGCCUACGAGAACGGCCUGAUGCCUUAUACCAACUACACCUUUGACUUCAAGGGUGUGAUUGAUUACAUCUUCUACUCUCAGCCUCUGCUGAACGUGCUGGGCGUGCUCGGCCCACUGGACCCCCAUUGGCUCCACGAGAACAAUGUCACUGGCUGCCCGCACCCCCACAUCCCCUCCGAUCACUUCUCCCUGUUUGCACAACUCGAGCUGCUCCUGCCCUUCUCGUCUUUGGUCAACGGUCUCCACGUGCCUGGCUGCAGGUAGUUCUCCGAGCUCCUGGCCCUGCCUCACACCUGACCCUCUGCAGGGAGAGAGCGAGAGGUGAUGGAUAGAGGCAAAGCCUGUCGUGUACAAAUCUCAGUCCAGUAAGGAGGAGUUGGGGUAUGGCUAAACUUUUAUUACUGAUGGAUUUUAACUGACGCAGACGUUUGUCAGUCUUAUCUGUACCACCCCCCUGUUUUUUUUUUUGUUUGUUUGUUUGUUUGUUUUUUUUGUUAUUUGGUUCUCUUUCUGGGCACAAGUAAAAAUAUCUACUUUUUUCACACUGUAUCCCAAAACCCAUAUGGUUCUGAUUAUAUCUUGUAUAUUUUACCUGAAGACAAUGUCGAUGCCGAUGUCGAUAUAAAUAUAUAUAUGUAAAAUAUGGCAAUACCUUUUCCGGACACAGGCAGGGAGUCCAGACCAAGCAGGUUCAUCAGAUUUUCUAUUUUGGUCCAUGGUAAUUUUUUUCUGAGGCCAGUUCAGAGUGAGCAGCUAAAUUUAAUAGAAAUCGUUGAUCACACCAGCUUUAGAGCAACGAUUAUCUUUGUCCAUUCUAUCAUAAAUGCCCUUUUUUUUAAGCUAAAGGGCUUUUUAAACGUGUGCAGAGAAUGAGAGCAGGUCACUCUCUCGCUUAUGCAUUCACCAUGGUGCUGAGGCAUCUUCUAGUGCAGCAGGUGUAUUUAAUUCACCAGCCUCAGAGACUCCACAGGCCACUGGACUGCGUCCAUCUCGGUGCACUCGGUUUAACAGAGAGCUGCACGGAGUCAGCCAGGCCCACUGUUUUAAUCCUAUUUAAAGUGAGGAAUUUCAAGGCCUCGAUGUGUGUACAGCAGUAUCGGAGAGAUUAGCAGGAGAAGGGAGACGCGCUGUGUUUUGGCAUGUACAGGUUGAAUUUGGGACACACUCAUUACCCAAGCUGCUUAGCCUAACAACCCUCUCUCUGAGCAGUGUGUUGCAUUAUCUAAAAAAACUGAUCCCUUUUUUUUUCUUCCCUUCAUGAUUGUACUGAAACCACAACGUCCGAACCUUUUAGUGUAACAGAUUCAAACACAGAUGAUUGUAUUGUAAAAAAAACAAAACCCUAAAUUUCUAUUCAUUUUUAAUGUAUUGAGCAAGAAAUUUCCAUCUUUAUUUUGCUGUGUAAAUUUUGCACUUGUCCAGGGUUUAUUUUUUUUUUUUUAUUUCUCCCUGUUUAUCCGUGUGGUUGUUUUUUUUUUUUUUUUUUUUUUUUUUUUUUUUUAUUCAAACUUUGAUGCAUCAUUGUGCCUCACUGCUUCUUCUUUCCUGCAAGUGCACUGCCACUUCUUUCCUGGACACCUGGACCGCCUCGAGCAUUUCCAGUGCUAUCUAAUUUUUUUGUUUUGUUUUAAUAUAGCCGUUGUCUUUCACCGAUUGGCUCUUAUUUGUAAGCUUUCCCCAUCUCGCCCCACGCUUAUUGUGCAAUGUCCGUAAUCCCCUGUUCACAACUUACUGCCACUUCCUCCUGCUCAACUCAGGCGAUAUUUUUUUUUUCUUAUUUACAAACCAGUUCUUGUGUCCAGUUCGAUCUCCCCUCACUACUUCUAGACCACAGCUCUCUCGUGUUGUGCCAUCUGAUGAUGCGUUUUUUUUGCCGCAAAGCCAAGUGUAAAGCUCUUCUUCUUCAGCUACUACUGUAAAACGAAUACGGCAGCGGCGUCUGUUCUCGGCCCGGAGCCGUGCGCACGUAGCGUGGUCCGGUCUUUGUUGGCGGUUUCUAUUGACCUUCAACCCAUGAUUAACGUCACUGAUAUGUGCUCACAAGGCCAAUCUUUCUUUUCUUUGGGGAUAAAUGUUUGUUCCUUCUUAAGUUUGUCAUGUUUUAAAAACGGAAUGGUUUGACAAGCACUUAUUGUGUAUCACUAGUGCAGCUACCCAUUUUCCCCCCCCUUCUUCUUUUUUUUUUUUUUUUUUUGUUUUUUACGAAAAAAUGCUUUUGCCUCCGAGGCAGAAGUCAGUUUUAAUGACUUUUACUGAGCAGUGAAUAAGGCAUUACAAGACGGUCCACUCGUCUCACUGCCAGUGACUGUGUUUUUUAAUUUCUUCUCUCCGUCUCUCUUACACCGCCCCCCACCCCACCCCCUUCCUCCUUCUUUGGGUUGUCUUUUAAUCAAAAGCAACUUGUCUGGAUAUUCUGUUGGAUUUGCUGACUGUGUUGUAGCUAAAAAGAGUUUUUUUUUUCUUCUUCUUUUUUUUUUUUUGUUUUUGUAAAGUGUGAAUAAAUUAUGUAUCACGUUUCCUUUCUUUGACAUGAAUUGUGUUGUAUGUAUCAUGAUAUAUUAAUUGUUUUGGUCGUUCUUUAUUUUUCCAUUUUUGCUCAUAUUUUGAUUUUUUUUUUUUUUUUGUAAUACUCAAAACCAAAUUUUUUGUAAAGAUGUUGGCACACUGAAAUCUAGAUUUGUACGGUUGCUAACUUUCACGUCAAGAAAUACUUUUAAGGAGAAAAAAAAAAAAACAUUACUUCAGUAAAAUCUAGAGAGAAGUCACAGAGAAAUAAAGAGCUGUCAUUUGUCACCAAACGUGAUUAUUUUUUCUCUUAAAGCUUUAUAUGUGGCAUUUCACCCGGUUUGGAGCGCAUAUAUUAUAAAUAUAUAUAUAUUUCGAUUAGUUUAGGGGAAGUGUAGAUGCAGCACUGCCCGUGUCAUUUUUCUUUUUCUUUCUUGUCGUUGCUAGUUCUCAUCGGAGGAAAAGUAUAAAGGGUUAGAAGGUAGGAGGCAGUGCAGACAUGUCUGGCCUCCUGAAUUGAAACACACACACACUCCUGGUUGUCCUCCUUGUGCUCGUGCUUUUCUUCAGCUUGUGAAAAAGCCAGUCACUUCUGCAUGUUUAAUCGCAUUGGCUGCCAUCAUUGCUGUUUCGGGGAACAUUUUCUCCCCACCCACCACCACUUGUGAACAACAAUCUGACUCCGCAUCAUGCUAUCAUGUCUCAUUACACAAACCCUGGCAAUAAUAUUUCCUAGUGCAGGUUUUAUUUUAUUUUCCUAAACACUUUCAAUUGUCAGAAAUGUCUGGCUUUAUCAUACUUCUUGCUGUUCUGUCUUUUUCCUCCUUUCUUCCUCGCUCUCGUCAGUAGGGUUAGUCAUGCAAUGGUAAGGAUCGUGAUUUAAGCUGGAAGUCAAUAAGUAUUUAGGAAAUGUCACUAUAUGAUGCACUGGACCAACUCUUGUUUACCAUUUAUGGAAUACCAGCAAAACACUUGCACAAUGUUUUAAAAAGAAUGUUAAAUAUAUAAAUAUAUAUAUGAAGAAAUAUAGAUAUGAAAAAAUAAAAUAAAAUAAUGGCAGCUGUUUUUAUUCUAAUAUUAGGAAGUGUUUAAAAAAAAAAACCCUAAUGGUAAACAAGGCGUUUUGGGUUUUAUUUUAUUUUAAUUUUUUAAUUUUUUUUCCUCUCUCUCUCUCUUUCCCGUUCUCUUGGGGUUUUUUUUUUCCUCUUCUGAGUAAGUGGUGUGUUUAUAACAGGGUCAGCUUGUUUCCUCUACACCUCUGUAUUUUUUCCUACCCAUGGUCAAAAUAAAUUCUACAUCUGUUUCAAACCUGGUAGUAGUGUUUUGCUUUCUCAUUUCGUUUCUCUUCUAGGAAAUGAAAGUCAUUUAAACUGGGUACAUUGGUUUCACAGGAAUUAUUAUUUUUUAGUGUGCUCUUGCCUGCUGAUCUUGAUGUUGUCCAGCAGGGGGCGUUCCUGCUUUGCUGCUUAGCUGAACAUGUGGAAUAAGGGAACGCAAUUAACCAAAGGAAAUAAGCAACAUAUUCUUUCUUUUUUUUUUUUUCUUCAAUGCUUUUGGCAUGAUGAUUGGGGUUUUUUAGAGACCUGUGUCAGUUGUGGUAGUUUGGAAGCACUGUGUGAAAGCAUCUUUUCCCAAAUACACCAAAAAAGAUGCCUCAAAAUGUUGGUACUGCUUGUGAAAGAUUACUUAAGCAUUUAAAUUGUUGUUUCUGAAAUGGAAACCCUUCCAAUAAGUUGAUCAAAUAGCCUUGAGAAAGGUUUUGUAGUAAAAUGUGAGUGGGGGAAACGAUCCACCUCUUCUUCUGAAUAAAAGAUAUUUUGGGGAUGUAGUUGGUUAAUAUGUUGAAUAUUUCCAAAAUAAACAUUAUUAUAAAGUCUACCAGGAUUCCUCGGACGCAGAAUGAACCGAAUAAUUACCACUUCGUCAUUAGAUCAUUAUGUUAUUACAGCUUGUAUAUUAGUGACUGGAAUUCCGUCUUUUUCCUUCAGUGAAUCGGAUCAUUUGACUCGGGUCACCGAUAGGAAUCGACUCUUUCGGCUACCAAACGGCUCAUUGUCAUUUUUUCCUCUUCUGUCUAAACCGGACAAAGUUUGCGAGUGACUGGCUGAUAAUGUUUCAUGAAAUCCUCC